UCUGGCACGACCUCGCUUCUAGGGCCAAAGUGGCCAUACCGUGACGCUGCUACGGAGACGGUAGCCGUGCUGCGUGCGCAGCCACUGCAGCCGUCCGUUUUAGAAUGCCUGCGCUCUCCCCGUGCAGCCUUUUCCCGGACACUCAUACCGGUCGCGGGGUAGACGGCGAUCUGCAGCGCUCAUAAACAGUGCUCGUGCCUCGUUGUCGCGGUGCUGAACCCGCCUUCCGCCGCUUGCUUUCUUCCACAACCUUGUGCAACCAUCCUUGCCACAGCCAGCCCACCUCUAGUGACAGGACACGCAUGGGCUCAGACAACAAUCCUUUCCGUUAUCGUGCGGCGUCGUCUAAUGCGACGGGAGGCUCCCAAUCGAGUGGCGGCAGUACGCGGUCUGCGCCAGAAUCAGAGCGAGGACGACGCUCGCCUUCCCCUGAUCUACCACCCGAAGACCCAGAGCGCACCGUCCUACCACCACUACCGCCGCGCGACCGUGACUCGAGCUCAGGGCAUCACAUACUCCCUGACGACCUCAUCGGGGAAGAGCUUCCGCCGGCGUACACACCCGCGCCAGAUACCUUGCAUGGAGAGUCGACAAUCGAGCUCGGGCCCCGGCGGCCCUUCCAACAACCUCAGAACGUUCCCCGCGACUACCUCUCGCCUAACUCUGCAGACCGGCAGCGCGGACACAGGCCUAGCGCCUCGACGAACGACCGUGGGCAGUACCCUGGACAUGGCGGCGCGAUACCGAGGCAUCCGUCGCUAACGCGAGACCGCCCGCGCACUGCUCCCGACAACGCGGGCAUCAUCGCAUCCGGCCCGCUCUCGGACUUCGCACGAGAGUUUUACGCGGCAGGAGGAGCGAACGUUGUACAGACGGCUGCUGGCGGCGACGAUGGGGACGACGGGCGGCCGACAGCUACCCCCAAGCCGGGCCACCCCCUCAUGCGCAAUGGAAGAGUGCUGGUGUACCCUGCGUUCUACGAAUGUCGAAGAUGUCACAACGCGGGCUAUCGAAACAACGAUCCCACGACGCCGUGCUACAAGUGCUGGGAGAAGUACGCCCGUCCGUUCUCGGGCCCACUCACUUCCAUGGACUGGAAGACCGCGUCUGUCCCUUCUGGCGCACGUCUCACCUACCAGCGGCCUCUGCCACGUUUCACCCCACCACACUUGGCUGGUACGUCCUCACCGCCCUCGCGAGCAACAUCCCAAUCGCGUCCACCCGGCGGCUACUCCGGAGGCAGUUCGUCGCGCAUGAUCCCGGUCGCAGGCGGGCGCCCACCACCCACUGUGAGGUUAGCUGACAACCCGCCGCCAGGUGCGACGGUCAUGCGUCCUGGAGACCCAAGGCUAGGUGGACGGUUGUGCUGGCGGUGUGGCGGAUCUGGGAUCACCACAUUCUGAUUUUGACGAGCAGACUUGUUCUGUGUGCGAUGGCAUGGGGCGGACGUUCGUGUAGGCGGCGCUCAUGAGUACACGUCUUCACGAUCCUGCAUUUUAUAUGUGCUUGCGCGAUUAUACUGGAUCCCUGCAGUUGUAUGUGUACUAUAUGGACAUACUACCUGUGACAUAGCUACUCAGUGUACCACCUGGAAGUCAUUGUUAUCACGGAUCGUUGUGAUGGCAUCUCACUGGCAGCAGAUACCACAGCAGCGACGACGUCAUGAUCGUCGUACUCAACUAUGACAGUCACCUUCAUUCGCCUUCCGCGCUCUCUUGCGAUCUUACAGCGAAUGACUUAAUAAAGGUCGGAUCCUUGCGAACGGAUGGGUUGAAUAGAAGCUUGGUCCCCG